UUUAGCGUGAUUGACGCUGCUUUUUGGAAAAUGGCGGUUUACUUUGAUCACAAAAUACAAGCACCAAGUGUYGGUGUUCAAACAGACAUUGCUUGGCAUAGCAGUUAUUCACUACUGGCUGUUGCAUCUAAAAAUGAACCUGRAGUUGGCGGAGCAGUUAAUUUAUAUUUAGAUGAGGGGGAACUAGUUGAGGAAUCAUCUAUCCAACGUUCAAGUACUGUUACUGGYUUUUCRUGGCAUCCUACAAGAAAGAUUCUUGCUGUUGGAUGGGAAAGUGGUGAUAUUUUAAUAUGGAAUGAACAUGACCAUGAGUUACAUGAGGCCACAACUGUAYAUACUACAGCUAUCCAAGUAAUUGCAUGGAGUAAUAGUGGAAGUAGAUUAGUAACUGGUGAUCAGAGUGGAGUGGUUGCUGUAUGGAAAGCUGAUCAAAGAGGUAGACUUCAACAAAACCCUGUGUAUCAACAUAACCUUCAAUCUCCUGUUAAUAGAUGUGUUUUUAAGAAUUCCAGUGAAGGAUCUGAUGAGCCAUCAUGGAGGAAAAGCAAAUUAGCUGCUUUAUCACAAAGCAGUGGAGACAGUUCAUUCUUUGUGGGAACCCAUAAUGGGUCUGUGCAUUAUGUAGACACAAAGGGUAGAUGUUCACAGUCUUUUACUUCAGAUGGUCCCAUUAAAACCUUAUUAUAUUGUGAAGGCAAAGAUGUAUURGUAGCCGUCACAGAUGGACUCAUUUUAACACAGCAUAAUGUCAAUAAAGAUGGUUCAACAACUGAGAUUAUGAAGGUCAAAGUAAGUGGAAAUGCUUCAAAAAGUCAAAUGAUAUGGGCUGGAAAACAUGUAUUAGCCACUGCGUCUGGAGAAAAUGUUGUAAGAAUGUGGAAUCUAGAUCAGGAUGACAACUUUGCCUUAUCUCUUGAUGGUGGUGGCUUUGAAAGUGGAGAGGUUGUUAGCAACAUUGCMUUUAACAAAUCAAAAGGAAUGCUUGCAGGCUGUACCAAUAAGGGUAAAGUUGCAAUGUGGAAGUUCAAUGCAUCAAAUCAAGAACAAUCCCAAUGGAGUCUCCAACCACCAGUUGUUCUAGAAGGAGAAGCAGAACUAACACAAAUAGAGUUUGCAGGUACAAAGAAUGUCCUUGCUGUAAAUAGUGUAGCAACUGUCAUUAUUCUCAAUGAACAAGUCAUGAAUGCACACUACAAUCGCCAGGUGGCAGCAGUACAARUAUCACCAAGUCAGCUGUCUGUAGAAAAUAUGACAAGCUCAGUUCUUCAGGAUCUAAAGACAGAUGUUCAUAUCAAAGGAGUGUAUGUUACUAAGACGCACACAACRAUAUGGAACGGAAAAAGAGUUGUUGUUUAUGAAGUGUCUCCUGACAAGGCAAUGGUUAGGGCAGAAGGAUCUUUUGCUUCUGACUCGCCAGUGGUUGUGGUACAUGAACAGAGUGUUUAUACAGCUGAGCCAGGCAAAGUUCAAGUCAGAACAUUUCAGGGUACAGUCAAACAGGUGUUGCCUUUCUCUGAGACUGAAGGAGAUCCAAUAAUAUUAGAUUUGUGUGGAAACUUUUUGGUAGCUGGAUCAUCUUUAGGAUAUGUCAAGAUUUGGGAUUUAUCCAGAAGAGAAGCUAAGCAGCAUGCUAAUCCCAAGAACUUGACUGAAGCCAUUGCUGAUCUUGGUAAAUUAAAGUGCGUCAAAUGUAACUGUAAUGGUAGUAAAGUGAGCAUCCUUUGUGAUAAGUCUAAUAACAGUCCUGACCCAAAGAUCCAUAUUUGGGAUAUCGACACAGAUGCAGUCCAYACAUUUGACUUUGCAACAGGACAGGAUAGUACUGCUGACAUGGAUAAUGAUGGGAUAGAUAUUGUUGGACGGGCACAGCAAAGUGCAGAAAUUGCUGGUCAUAUACCRGUAUCUCAGUUUUGGGAUUCGUCUGACCCUAAGCUUAUAGUAUGUGAAGCUGUCAGCUCAUCAUCUGGUAGCAAAGAGAAGACAAACAAGAAGUCAUUYAGUAUUUUACCAAAAGAUGGAAAAGAUGGACAAUCACAGAAUGAUGUUCUGGUAGUAUCUUUAUUCAGCAUUCCAGAUAGUGGGACAUUAUUACAAGAUUGUUUUUCUAUAGACUCAACAAAAAGGAAACUUAUGGGUGUUGAAAUACCAUUUCUUUUCCUCAUGCAAAAGAAUUCUCUGAAUGUUGAACAAGAAUCAUCAGCAUCACCAAACACACCUCCCAGCUAUCGGCAUAAAAUGGUCAUAAAACACACCAUCAAAGACUUCAUUGGACUUGAGGAYGCUAAUGAAGAAGCAAAAAAAGCCAUGAUGGACUUUAGCUACUUGUCUGCUAUAGGAAAUAUGGAUGAAGCUUUUAAAGCUAUAAAGCUCAUAAAAAGUGAAUCUGUCUGGGAAAAUAUGGCAAGAAUGUGUGUGAAGACCAAACGAUUAGACGUUGCAUCGGUGUGUCUUGGAAACAUGGGUAAUGCACGUGCUGCCAAGGCACUAAGAGAAAGUAUCAUCUCUGAACCUGAACGAGAUGCAAGAGUGGCAAUGCUGGCUGUGCAGUUAGGAAUGUUGGAAGAAGCUGAAAAGUUGUACAUUGGCUGUGAACGAUUUGAUCUCUUAAACAAAUUUUAUCAAGCAAAUAAUCAAUGGACUAAAGCYGUUGAAGURGCUGAACUCCAAGAUCGUAUUCACCUGAGAACCACUUACUAUAACUAUGCCAAGCACCUUGAGAUAACAGGCAAUAUAUCUGGCGCUAUAAACAACUACGAAAAGUCUGAAACACAACGCUUUGAGGUUCCUCGAAUGCUUCUCGAUGAACCGCAACAACUUGAGUCCUACAUUCUAAAACACAAAGACAAGGAGCUGCGUAAAUGGUGGGCACAAUACAUGGAAAGUACAAGUGAAAUGGAGACUGCACUACAGUUUUAUGARGCUGCACGCGAUAACCUAUCCCUUGUUCGUGUUUAUUGUUACUGCGGUAAUCUAGAAAAGGCAGCUGAAAUCUGCAAUGAAACCGGUGAUCGUGCCGCGUGUUAUCAUUUGGCUCGUCAGUUUGAAAACCAGGAAAACAUAAAGGACGCCAUUCAUUUCUACACUAGGGCGCAGUGUUACAGUAAUGCAAUACGACUYGCCAAGGAGCAUGGUUUGGAUAACGAGCUAAUGAACUUAGCUUUACUUAGUUCGUCGAAAGACAUGCUUGACGUUGCAAGAUAUUAUGAGGGCAUUCCUAACAUGCAAGAUAAGGCUGUCAUGCUCUAUCAUAAGGGUGGUAAUGUCACCAAAGCCCUUGAGCUUUGUUUCCAUACCCAACAAUUUGCUGCACUUCAAGUGAUAGCAGAGGACUUGGACGAGAACACCGACCCUGAAAUGAUUGAUAAAUGUGCUGAGUUUUUCAUGGAACAUGGACAGUAUGACAAAGCAGUUGAUCUAUUCAUUGUUGGCAAAAAGUUCCCUCAGGCGCUUGAACUCUGCUUGGCWCAUAAUGUAACAAUAACUGAAGAACUGGCUGAAAAAAUGACUUUACCAAAGGGCGAAGAAAACAGAACAACCAUGCUGGAACGAAUCGCAGAAUGUGCCAUGCAGCAAGGCUCCUAUCAUUUAGCUACUAAGAAAUUUACUCAAGCUGGUAACAAAAUGAAAGCGAUGAAAGCACUUUUGAAGUCCGGGGACACUGAGAAGAUUAUUUUCUUUGCCGGCGUCUCCAGGCAACGUGAGAUUUACGUCAUGGCUGCCAACUAUCUCCAGUCCCUUGACUGGCGUAAGGAUCCAGAAAUAAUGAAGAAUAUAAUAGGGUUUUACACUAAAGGACGUGCACUUGAUUUACUGGCUGGUUUUUAUGACGCAUGCGCACAAGUUGAAAUUGACGAGUACCAGAACUACGAUAAAGCCCUUGGUGCACUCGGCGAGGCGUACAAGUGCAUUGCUAAAGCUAAAAUGAAAAAUGUUAUUGAACAAGAAGAGAAAAUUAACUUUUUAAAAUCAAGAAUAGGAUUGGUGAAGAAGUUYGUACAAGCUAGAAGAGCUUACGAGGAAAAUCCCGAAGAAGCCAUUAAAGGUUGCCAGCUUCUUCUUGAAGAGCCUGACUUAGAAACAGCUGUACGGAUAGGGGAUGUUUAUGGUUUAAUCAUCGAGUAUUAUGCCCGUCAACAAAAUCAUUCUAAGGCCUACUCUUUCAUGGAAGACAUGCGUCAGCGUGUACCGACUGUAAAUAUGGCUUAUUACGUGAACAUGAAAACGAUUGAAGCAGUCCAUAAAUCCUUAGGGAUACCCCUUGGGCGUGGCAUGGGUGCAGAGAGGGAAAUUAAGGCUGGUUUGGACGAAGAUGAAGGAGARGAAGUCGAAGAAGAAGUCGAGGAAGAAAUUUUUAAUGGACACGAUGGCUAUUGAUGUUAMUUUAUGUAAAAAGCGAUAGAACUGGUUCACGCGAAUGACUCGUACUACUUCGACAAAAAUUUAACAAAAAGUAUUUCACAGUUUCUUUUCGUAUUGUACACACCUAUGAACCUCAACUGCUACAAGGCUUCAUACAGCUGAACACCUAAAUCCUUAAUGCCAGAAAUCUCGUAACCUAGAAGAGUAGACUAAAUAGCAUUAUCGUCCUCGUGUGAACCAGCCAACAUAAUAUUUAUCAAAAUAAACUUAUUAGUAAUGAACCAGAGAACAAUAUAGUUGUAUUCUAAGGUGGACAUCGCUAAAGAUAGUUUUGCUUAUGUCGUCAUGUUUUAAUUUCGUUUAACAGUAGUUUUGUACUAAAAUAACCUCCUUGUAAAAUAGCAUGAAGUUUCAUCUAGGUACAGACUCCCGAUGUACUCGUCGAUUAUAGAUUGCCGCACCAUAGCCAUGUGGCUCGAGUGACUCGAGUAUAACUCAACCUUGUCACUAAAGCUUCUGUGAUUUUGUGAAUAAAUAAAGCAUUAGACAGCCAAUA